CAGAAUUAAAAUAACCUGACGGUAUUUGUUUCGAAGAUUGCAACUGCGCUUUAUUUUACUAGAUUGCAGUUCCAGAAGAUAGACACCCAGGAGAUUCUACCUUCUGCCAUGGCUCAGUUUGGAGGACAGAAAAAUCCCCCUUGGGCUACUCAGUUUACGGCCACUGCGGUGUCUCAGCCAGCUGCCCUGGGCGUGCAGCAGCCCUCGCUGCUGGGAGCCUCCCCGACCAUCUACACGCAGCAGACGGCGCUGGCAGCCGCGGGGCUGACCACACAGACCCCCACCAACUACCAGCUGACGCAGACCGCCGCGCUCCAGCAGCAGGCGGCAGCCGCGGCCGCGGCCCUGCAGCAGGUAAAGCAAACACAGCGGCCGGCGCUCCCCGAACUUCGUAAAGCUAAAGGAUCCAGGAGGAAAGGAGAAUGGAAAAUGCAAUAUUCACAACCUCAGCAGACUCUCUAUAGUGUACAGCAACAGUUGCAGCAACCUCAGCAGACCCUUUUAACUCAGCCAGCAGUUGCGCUCCCGACCAGCCUCAGCCUGUCCACGCCCCAGCCGGCAGCUCAGAUCACAGUCUCCUACCCGGCUCCCCGCUCCAGCCAGCAGCAAACACAGCCACAAAAGCAGCGUGUCUUCACUGGAGUGGUGACUAAGCUACAUGAUACAUUUGGUUUUGUGGAUGAAGAUGUCUUUUUUCAGCUUAGUGCUGUUAAAGGAAAGACACCUCAGGUGGGUGACAGAGUUUUGGUAGAAGCUACUUACAAUCCUAAUAUGCCAUUCAAAUGGAAUGCCCAAAGGAUCCAGACCCUCCCAAACCAGAACCAGAGCCAGGCGCAGCCGCUGCUGAAGACGCCGCCGGCCGUCCUGCAGCCCAUCGCCCAGCAGACCUUCGGGGUCCAGGCACAGCCACAACCACAGUCCCUGCUGCAGGCACAGAUCUCUGCAGCUUCCAUCACACCUCUGCUCCAGACACAGCCUCAGCCACUGCUGCAGCAGCCACAGCAGAAAGGUGGUUUGUUGCAGCCCCCAGUCCGUCUAGUUUCACAGCCACAGCCAGCUCGCAGACUAGACCCACCAUCCAGGUUUUCUGGGAGGAAUGACCGAGGUGGAGACCCCAUGCCAAACCGAAAAGAUGACAGGAGUCGUGAAAGAGAGCGGGAGAGACGUAGGUCCCGGGAAAGAUCCCCCCAGAGGAAACGCUCCCGAGAGAGAUCGCCCAGACGGGAGAGGGAGAGGUCACCGCGGAGACCCCGGCGUGUCGUUCCUCGCUACACCGUUCAGUUUUCCAAGUUUUCGUUGGACUGCCGUAGCUGUGAUAUGAUGGAGCUGAGGAGGCGUUACCAGAACUUGUAUAUCCCGAGCGAUUUCUUUGAUGCUCAGUUUACAUGGGUGGAUGCUUUUCCUAUGUCUAGACCAUUUCAGCUGGGAAACUACUGUAAUUUCUAUGUAAUGCAUAGAGAAGUAGAUCCUAUAGAUAAGAACGCUGCUGUCCUUGAUCCACCUGAUGCUGAUCAUCUCUACAGUGCUAAGGUGAUGUUGAUGGCUAGUCCUAGCAUGGAAGAUCUCUACCACAAGUCAUGUGCUCUGGCUGAGGACCCCCAAGAACUUCGUGAUGGAUUUCAGCAUCCUGCUAGACUUGUAAAGUUUUUAGUGGGUAUGAAAGGCAAAGAUGAAGCUAUGGCUAUUGGAGGACACUGGUCCCCAUCACUGGAUGGACCUGAUCCAGAAAAGGACCCUUCGGUGCUGAUAAAGACGGCAAUUCGUUGUUGCAAGGCUCUUACAGGGAUUGACUUAAGUGUGUGCACUCAAUGGUACCGUUUUGCAGAGAUUCGCUACCAUCGCCCUGAGGAGACCCACAAGGGGCGUACAGUUCCAGCUCAUGUGGAGACAGUGGUUUUAUUUUUCCCGGAUGUUUGGCAUUGCCUUCCCACCCGCUCAGAGUGGGAAACCCUCUCCCGAGGAUACAAGCAGCAGCUGGUCGAGAAGCUUCAGGGUGAACGCAAGGAGGCUGAUGGAGAACAGGAUGAAGAGGAGAAGGACGAUGGAGAAGCUAAAGAGAUCUCUACGCCUACACACUGGUCUAAACUGGAUCCAAAAACAAUGAAGGUAAAUGACCUUCGCAAAGAGUUAGAAAGUCGAACCCUUAGCUCUAAGGGACUGAAAUCUCAGCUGAUAGCUCGACUUACAAAGCAGCUGAAAGUAGAGGAACAAAAGGAAGAGCAAAAGGAGCUGGAGAAAUCUGAAAAAGAAGAGGAGGAGGAGGAGGAUAGGAAAUCCGAAGAUGAUAAAGAGGAAGAGGAAAGGAAACGCCAAGAGGAGCUGGAACGUCAGCGGCGGGAGCGACGCUACAUCCUGCCGGAUGAGCCGGCCAUCAUCGUGCACCCAAACUGGGCAGCAAAGAGCGGCAAGUUUGACUGCAGCAUUAUGUCUCUGAGUGUUCUUCUGGACUACAGAUUAGAAGAUAAUAAAGAACAUUCCUUUGAGGUAUCGUUGUUUGCAGAACUCUUCAAUGAAAUGCUUCAAAGAGAUUUUGGUGUCAGAAUUUACAAAGCACUGAUUUCUCUCCCAGAGAGAGAGGACAAAAAGGACAAAAAAAGCAAAAAAGAUGACAGAAAAGAAAAAAAAGAAGAAAAAGAUGAUGAAACGGAUGAUCCAAAACCUAAGAGAAGAAAAUCUGGAGAUGAUAAAGAUAAAAAAGAAGAGAGAGAUGAGAAGAAGAGGGAAGAUAAAAGGAAAGAUGAUUCUAAAGAUGAAGAAGAAACAGAAGAUGACAAUAAUCAAGAGGAGUAUGAUCCAAUGGAGGCAGAAGAUGCUGAGGACGAAGAUGAAGAAUGCAGACCACUCGCAACUCCCAUUGAAGUCAGUAGGAGAUACCGGGAUGAAGAAGAAAUGAACAAACGGGAGGACAGAAGAGAGGGAAAUAAGCAUUGUAAAGAGAGGGCGUCUAAAGAUAAAGAGAAAGACAAGACCCAGAUGGUGACUGUUAACAGGGAUCUCCUGAUGGCUUUUGUUUAUUUUGAUCAAAGUCAUUGUGGAUACCUUCUGGAGAAGGACAUGGAGGAGAUCCUGUACACUCUUGGACUUCACCUGUCACGUGCUCAGGUCAAGAAGCUGCUUAAUAAAGUAGUGCUUCGAGAAUCUUGCUUUUACAGAAGACUAACAGAUACUUCUAAAGAUGAAGAAAAUCAAGAAGAGUCUGACGAGCUACAGGAAGAUAUGUUAGGGAACCGCCUGCUGCUGCCGUCGCCCGCUGUGAAGCAGGAGAGCAAAGCCGCGGAGGAGAACGUCGGGCUCAUCGUCUACAACGGAGCCAUGGUGGACGUGGGCAGCCUUCUGCAGAAGCUGGAGAAGAGUGAAAGGGUGCGGGCAGAGAUAGAGCAAAAGCUGCAGCUGCUGGAAGAAAAAACAGAUGAGGAUGAAAAAACUAUACUGCAACUGGAGAAUUCUAACAAAACGCUAUCUGCGGAGCUCAAAGAAGUAAAAAAGGACCUUGGCCAGCUGCAAGAAAAUUUGAAGACCUCAGAUGAUAAAAAAUUGCAAUUUGAGGGUCAGCUGAAUAAGACAAUCAAAAAUUUAGCUACUGUUAUGGAUGAAAUACAGAGUGUUCUCAAACAGGACAUCGUGAAGAACGAAGAAAAAGAUCAGAAAUCCAAAGAAAAUGGAGCAAACGUAUGAUAAACUGCUGCUGUUUAGAAGAAUGGUGUUACAUAAUGUAAUAUAAAUCAUGAUACCAGAAUGUAUGGGAAGUGAUGCAUGUUCGAUUUUAGUAGUAUAAAUAUCUUAGGUUCCAAAAGAUGUAUAAAGUUUUAUGAAUGUGAGUGUCUGCUCCAGAAGAUUGCUUGUAAUUCUUAGCAUUCAAUUUGAGACACUCCUCAAGUGAAAAUAAUUUUGCAUCGCGAAAAGUUUUAGGAUGAACUUUGUUAUAGUUUUAACCCUAAUAAAGUUCAUCAACAUAAUGAACAGUAGCAAGUAUUUAAUUACCAAAUGUUUUUCAUUGAAGUCUAGUGAAAUCAAAAUUUUCAUUAUUUAUAGACUUGCCAUUUUUAGGUUUUUGUCUUUAUUUUGGUCUAAUUAGUCUUUUUAAAUUCAAAUAUAAAUCACAAAAUAGCAUGCUGCUUAAUUUUACAAGUAAAGAUUUUUUUUAAAAAAAAGCUUCUUGGAUUAUUUUUUUGUUUUGUUUUGGUUUUUGUUUUCACUUGUCACAACUUUUUUUCCCUUCCAUAUAUAACUUUCUUCCCCAAAGCUGCUUGUAUUAAAGCCUUGUAAUAUACAGUAGUUUGGAUGAGUUAAGAAAGCAAUAGAAAAAACCUACCAAAAUACUGGUAGGGUUGUGAGAUUUAUAUGAAAAUACAUGGGCCUGUUUUAAAUGUGUGUCAUUUGUAUUCAUUAAAUUGUUCUUAUCUUUGGAUUAA